AUGAAGGCAAUCUUCUCAAAUGCACUAAUCAAGCAGAUGGGUGCUGGAUGCUGCUAUGAGGAUCUGGUGGGCAGCAACAGUGCAAAAAAUAUCAUCAUAACAAUCAAGAAGGAAUUUCCAUGGUGGGGAGAAUUGCAUGGGUGGUGGUGCAUGAACCCCACCUACAAUAACACCUGGAGUGCAGAUGUUAGCAGGCAGGAUUUUGCAAAGCAUGUGGUUGAGCUGUUUGAGCUUUGGCCAAACCCAUUGGGUGGAGACCCCAGUUUUUCCUCUGCAGAAGAUUCUAUGAGAGCAGAUGUCAAGACACUGUCAUUUACCAUCUGA